CCGUGGCACACACGGCUUUUGUGGGCGCUCCCGAGAUGAGACACGAGCGGCCGCACGGAGAACGCGAUCGGUGAAGCCGUCGUCCGCGCGAGCGCUGAAUAUGUCGAGGAAGUGCAGUUAACGGAGCCGGCUUCAUCAAUGGAUGUAUCUCCCCGGAGGUCUCCGGCGGGCAUCGCGAAAUCAGCGGCGAGACAGCUUUCGCAGAGGAAAUACGCCUUCCGAGCAGAGCCAACCAAUCAGCCGUGGCGAACCAAAGAUAAACAAGCCUUAUGAUAAGACCAAACUCUCAGGUUUACCCAGGCUGUGUGCAGCCCUAGUAAACUAUCAUGCUGGCCUGUAUCCAGAGACGGCAGAACCUCUCGUCGCAGCGUCUGGCCUGCACACCCAAAAGCCUCGAUGUUCCACCGUCGCCGUUACUGCUGCCAGCACCACCACUGCAGCCCUGCACCAACAAAGGCGAGCCAGCCUCCAUGAUAUCUCGGUACCCUUCCCCUGCAGAGUUGGAUGCUUUUGCCCAGAAGACCGCCAACAGCCCACUGUCCAUCAAAAUCUUUCCAUCCGAUGUCCGGGUGCCACAGCACAAACAGCUCAACAAAACAGUCAACGGCUUAGACACCACAGGCCACCGCUACAGCCCGUAUUCACAUCCGUACUCAGGAGGCUACCAGGGCUUGUUGGCCAUUGUCAAAGCCUCUGUGGUGGUCAAGGGUGUGGUGAAAAACUCUGAGGGCAGGAGGACUAAACAUCCAAACACCCAGGCUUCUGUGACACCAUAUAAUAAUCCUCUGAAUAAUGGCUACUCUGUCAGACACAGGCACAAGGCCUAUCAUAUAAGCGCAUGUAAGCUCCCUGAUGUACCCAUUGAGACACUUUGUUCUCGUGCAGGGAUGGCCUCCGGAGAUCAGAGCCUGGCCCCCCAGUCUGAGCUGGCAGAGGUUCAAAGCCUGAUGAGGCAGAUGAGCAGAGUCCCCCACAGCCAGGCCCUGCAGCUGGGGGGAGAGGCUCGAGCCAGCCCCUCCCUGCAGGCUGUGGCUGCAGUGGCACAUUCAGACUCAGACUUUGUCCUGGGCUUGCCACCCCAGAGCAGCCUGGCAUUCACAGGAGCAGUGCUACCUACACAGAGUGCAGACAUAGCCAAAGCUGGUUACUUAGAGAAAGAAGACUACACAGUGUGGCAGCACAAACAUCAAAUUCAGCAGCAGCAGCAGCAGCAGCAGCAGCAGCAGCAGCAGCAGUAUCAGCAGGUAGCAGUGAGGAUGUACAGUGCGAGUAACAUUGCUCAGGGGCACAGAGCAGCAGAGGCUGGGGUUGGCCAGUCUCCUGAAACCUGCCUCCCUUUGGCGUGCUCCUCGCAGCUGUCGUACAGGCCGCAUCCUCUCAGUGUGGGUGCUGGGCAGGAGCGAGUCAGCAGCUCCUCUCUGAACUGUGCCGCCAUGCGUGGGGAGUUCUCUGUCGGACAGUACUUUGCUCCUCUCUGGGACAGUGUUGUGGCCACCCUUAACAGCGACUGUUAUACUUCUCAGGUGCUGGCAACUGGUACGUGUGCAGCCAGGCCUAGAGACCUGGGGCUCUCCCAUCCCCAACUCCACCCAAGCCGCCAUCAACACCACCACCCUCAGUGUCACCAGCCGCAGCUCCACCCUCCUCUCCCUCCUCAUACCCAGGCCUACAGCACAGACCAAAACCUCUGUUGUGGGCUGCCUAGUUCUAGCCUGUGCCACGCUGCAGUACUCAGCAGCAGCCUGCAGUCUCUGGAGUGCCUCAUCAGUGAGAUCCACCCUCCCUGCAUCAAAGAGCGCAUGCUGGGCCGUGGGUACGAAGCCAUGGGGAUGCCUCAGUUGCUGGAGCACCACCAGCAAACCCACAUCCAACUUCCUGUCCACAGAUAAGAGAGAUGCUGGCACACAAUGGGACGCAGAAACGGCAAACCUAUUAUUAUAGACAGAGGGAGUGUGUGAGCUCAGUCAUCUAUGAGAAUCAAACAUGCCUUUUUAGUUCGUGCAUGUCCUUUAUUUGUAGAAGGCUUUGUGAUAAGCCUGAAGGUAAAUGAUAAUCAUGACUUAAGGUGUAUGUUUAUCUUAUGGACUUUUCAUGUUUUAUUUUUAUAUCUUAAAUGGCCGUCAAAGAUGCCUGCUGUUCUUCAUUUAAUACUGACGCUGAGCACCCAAUCAGAAUUUGCCAUUACGUUUUACAUGAACUGUCCAUUUUGCAGACGAUUCCUCCGUAGGCCUUUACAAAAAUGGGAACAUGCUGAACUGAAAUAAUCAUCGGUACCCUUCUAAAAACGGAUCUCUGGUAACAGUUGUUGUGAAUAUAUUGUAUAUUUUUACAUACAAUAGGUUCUUAUUUGAGAGGGAACAUUCCUUAAUUAUUACCUGAAAUUUUAGUUGUCUGCUGCUUAUGGUGGAUUUUGUUUUGUCCUCUUUUCAGUGACUCCUGUGUUAACAGUCACACGCAGUGCCCCAGCUUCUGCAAUAUGAUGCAAACCUCCUGGGGAACCAUUUUGAUUGUUUGCGUACAAGUGUGAAUAAAUUUUUUUUUUUGUCAUGAAGUCAUAGACAACGUUAUGUAAUUUAACAUCUUAAUUGAUUUAAUGUAGUCAUGCUCAGCUCAGCAUAUUAGGACUGUUGCAUAUCCAAAUCAACACUGUGGCAUUCAGGCCAAACAAGAUGUGCCCUUUGGUUGUAUUUUUGUUAACAUUUAAAAUUUUAAGCGGUUGUGUGGACAUUUCUCUUGAAUGAAAUUAUGUUUUUCCUCUGGAAGGUUGUGACUCUGUUACACAACACCUGGGUAUAAUGGAGUGCCAUGUUGGAGAGCAGGCCACCUGAAUCAUUUACACUAUCUUCUUUGUAGGGCUAUAUUAUCUCUGAUGGUGUGAGAUGUAUGACUGAAUAGAUUUGUGUGUCUGCACUGGUUCUGUAAUACUAUUUAUUUAUGUCGGCCUGUUGAGUUACAUAGCAAACUGUCUCUAUAAUUAUAAAGUGCAAUUAUUAUACAUGAACAUGUGAGCGCUCUCAUUGAAGUAUGUUGUUGAAAUAACUACAUUUGGCAAUUGUAUGACCCUAAUCCCUCACCCUUUUUUUGCCUCUUCUUAAUAAGGAUUGUCGAGUAAAUGAAA